CACUAGAGGGCGGUGUAUGUUAUGUAAGAAGCGCUGGCUUGCUCUGGUUGUAUUUACAGACAGUGGUACACGUUGGUCCCCUGUUAUUAUUUAUGUUAGAACUAUCUGAAUAUCUGCAUUAAAUGUUUAUUACGUGGUUUUCAGUUAGAUGAUUUAUUAUUUGUCUCAGAAUUUAACACUUGUGAAGAUUUAAGACCAUGCCUAUUGCUUGCUCAGCCCUCGGAUGCACAAACCGAUUCGUGAAAGGCUCCGAGAUCCGAUUUUACAGAUUCCCCAUCAGCAAGCCUCAGUUAGCAGAGCAGUGGGUGCGAAGCCUCGGUCGAAAAAACUUUGUCCCGACCACCAACUCAUGUCUGUGCUCAGAGCACUUCCUGCCUGACUGCUUCCGCGAUUACAAUGGCAAACAGUUCCUGAGGGAAGAUGCUGUCCCUACGAUUUUCUCACACUCUGCCAAGGAGGGGGUAGACGGCGCAAAGAUUGAAUUACGGAAGAACCGUGGAGGAUUGGGGACGAAAGAGGAAUCUCGUUCUGGUUCAAUUUCUGAUGGAGGCAAACAGCAGUGCACAAAGGAGAGGAGACAAACCACAAGAGAUACUGGCCAGAAGGGAAGAACAGGAAACGAUGCAUACAGGAGGCGUGGAGGAGCAAAGGUCUCAUCCAGUGACAGGCAGGUCAUGACAGCUAAGAGCAAAGUGUACGACAGCCGAGGUCUGCUGAUCUCCUGUGGCAGAGACCUGUGUGACUGCUUGGAUGUGGACUGCAUGGGCUGCUUCUACCCCUGUCCCGACUGCGGCUCCCGCAAAUGUGGUGUCGAGUGCCGCUGUGACAGGAAGUGGCUGUAUGAGCAGGUGGAAGUGGAGGGGGGCGAGAUCAUUCGGAACAAGUUCGCAAGCUAACGGGCGAAGAAAGAAAAUUGAGAUGGUGUUGAGGGUUCAAUGCAUGGAAGAGUUGGCUUGUGGUGUAAAUGUUAAGGUGUCGAUUUUGUACUAGAUUUCAUCUAGUCAGCAUAAAGUAGUAAAGGUAUAAAGGGACUGAAAAGGCCAAAUGGUCAUCCAGAGACAUUGCUGGCUUUUGGGUUUGUAGUCUGGACAUAUGGAGAGUUUUCUGUGUGCCAUCCACUGUUCUCAAGAAAUGAAAGAACUGUAAUACUCUGUAGAUAUGAAUUUAACACUGUGAUGGGAGUCUUUCUGUUUAAUUCCACGGCUGUGUUCGUUUCUGAUAAACUGAUUUCUUUUUCAUGAGGCCUCACCAGGCUCAACUUUCACUCUCAUUUUCACUUUCUGCUUCCCUGCCCUACACAAUGAAGAGAUUUGAUAGUCUGACAGUUGGCCAUUUUAAAAUCCACUCAAACACAAGCUCUUUCCUUAGGUUGUUAGUUAUGUUGUAAAUCUGAUAUGAAUGAUUUCCAGCAUUGUGCACUGUUCAGAAUCCUAGGCUGUGACACUCGCUUCAAAGCAGUCCUUGUGUUUACUUUACAGUUCUACUGUGUGGUAUUGCUUUACAUUACGGGUCCCUUAAUUAACAUUAUUUUCUACAUUAAUUAACAUUAACAAACUAUGAACUUCAGCGUUAAUAAACAAUCAGUAAGUUACCACAUAUAUUAAUUGAUGUUUAUUUAGUGUUGAUAACUUCCUGAAGUCUGGUCUCAUUUAUGGUAUGAACAUCGGUUCAUUGAUUGCAUUGAUUAUUUGGCUUAUAUUGUUUAAAAAAAAAAUCAGUUAAUACAAGCUUUAGUUACUUCUCUAAUGUGAUCUUAUGUCUUGGUAAUGCUGAACUUCAUGGUUUGUUCAUGUUAAGUAUUGUGUUAAAACAGUGUUAAAACCUUGAGGUAUAGUGUUACCUGCCGUGCUAUUAAAGGAAUACGCCAACAUUUUUACAAGUUAUCUCUAUCUACCGCAUGUGUAGUGUAUGUGGGGUUACCAUGGACAAGAAUCUAACCACCUUUUCCUGCACUGAGAAAAGAAAGAAAUCCUGAUUGCUCAAAAUGUAGACCAAUUAUUAGGGUGUCAAUAGAAAUUUUUUAUGCAAAACCUGUAUUUUUGUAAUGCUCAAAAUCGGGAUAAUUUCUCCUUUAAGAGACAGGACUACUCCUUUAGAAGGAUGAAUUUGUCAGUGUAAACAAGACAAAAUCUUCAGUUCAGUGCAUAUUACUGUUUUUCACCAGAUUUCAGUUGGAUAAAUCUAAGAACAGCUUUAGUAAGACUUUCCCUUGUGUCUGUCUUUAUACUAAGACAUUAAUUCUUAAAUUUUAAUUUCAUGUUGUGUAAUUGUGUAUUAUAAAGGAAUUAUUGACCAAUUUCAACAAGUGCCCUUCAACUUCCAUUAAGUGAUCUUUAAAUAAACUUUUUGUUGUUGUUGUUCUUUUCUCAUUACAGGGAAACAUGUCAGUUGUUGUCUGUGGAAAUCGCAUCCACUAAAUGACUUUUUUUUUUUUUUUUUUUAAUUUUUGAGUUUUUCUUUUACGGCAUGUGUUAUCUCUGUCUCUGGUUUCUCUUCUAAACUGUUUGUUGAUUAAAGGUUUGUUUUGUUUUUUGUGUUACCA